AUGGAGCAAGGACAGGAUAGAGUAAAUCUCACCAUCAACAUUUUCUGGCAAAUCUGGAAAGCCAGGAACAAAAGAAUUUUUGAUAGUGCAAAACAGGAACCUCACAAAACAGUACAGAAAGCACAAGAGGAGUGGUUGGAGUUCGAGCAAGCAAGGGAGAUAGAACAGGAGAGCAGAACAGGCCAGAACAAUAGGGGACACCAAGCAAGAAGAGAACAGCUAAGGGAAGAUGUAGUAAGUUUGUAUACGGAUGCGGCCAUAUCAGCAAAAAGGAUCAGGACUGGACAAGGGAUCAUAGCAAGGAAUUGGAAAGGAACGAUCAUGAGAGCCAAAGGAAUUGUAAAUCAGUGGAAGGGAACCGCAAGUAAAGAAGAAGCUCUCGCAGUUAGGAAUGCACUAUUGAUGGCUAAACAAGCAGGAUGGACAAAAAUUAUAGUCCAUACAGACUGCAAAUCAGUAGUUGAGCAGAUUAACAGAUGCAGUGAAUAUGAUUAUAGCAUUGCAACUAUCCAAGAAGAUGUGCAGGAUCUUAGAAUAGGUUUUGACAAGUGUUCCUUUGUGUUUAUUCCUAGAACAGAAAAUGAAAUCAGCCAUGCACUAGCUCAUUUUGCAGUUAAAGUGGUGCAUAAUAUCGAAUGGGAACAAGACUUCCCAAUAUGGCUGAUAGAUUUAGUAAAGAGGGAAAUGAGGAGAUGGGAUCCAACAUCUCAGAACAGCAAUGCAGAUUUGGCAGUAUAA